AUGGUGCUGCUGUCAGCCGUAGGCGUGAGGGCCGUUGUCCAGCUUCAGUGGGAGGAAGGGCGCCAGCUUCUGCGGGAGCUCCUGGGAUGGGAGCCCUUUGACGAAGACUGUGACCUGCGGCGAAGCAUCCGGCUGGACAUCCUCUACAACAGCAUCAUGUUCGCCGCAAGGAAAGGACUCUCCUGGGCAGCAGUAGCAACAGUGGGGAAGAUCGCAGAGGAGCUCCUUGAGGAGAUGAAAGGUCUAACCAUCUCCCAGGCCCUGCAAGUCUUCCAGGACAAAGUCUCGGCAUGCGAGCCGAAGCUGAGGCCACUCAAGCCGGGCAUUUUGUGCGAUUACUUUCUCAACACGUACUUCAAGCACUUCCACCUCUACCAGCUCCUGCUGUACCAGCAGAGAACGGUGCAGCAGAGGUAUGCCACCCUGGAGGUCUGCGUGCCCCCACACCCCCUCCCACUGGAGGUUGGCAGAGAUGUAGAGGUUGAAAAACACCAGCAGCAAAUUGCUGCCCUGUCAGUGGCCGAGACCCAAAAACGCACCAAUAUGUUGCAUAUCCGAAAGAUGCUAAGGGCGGAGAAGAAUACCCUCCUGAAGAAAGUAUACAAAAGGCUGGAAGACCCAAGAGAGAAGCUAGACAGAGAGAGACUGGAGACCUUAGUGGAAGAGGUGAUCAGAGUCGAGGCAGAAACCGCACGUGAGAUCUUCCAGGCUGAGAUCGAGGCCACCCUUGAAAUCCUGGAGCUGAGACUCCAGAAGAAGAUGCUAGCCUUGAAACGACCUGUUCCUAAUCUUCCACCUCUUGUCCCUGCUGUCCGAACCAAGAAGGCACCUAAACCUCGAGAAAGGAAAAAGAGGAAAUGA